UGGUACCCUAAAGUCAACUUAGCGCCUGGGCAUGCUCGAACAGAUGUAAAGAUUCAUCACUGUUCUUUGCUUGAUUUUUCUUGUUCUCCUUUCUCACCCACACGGCACCGCCACACCAUCGAGAUGCGACGUUCCAAGCGUACCGCAGCCACUAACCUGGUGCAGCCUCUAACGAAGAAAGCGCGUUCCUCUAGUCACCAACAAACCCCGAAUCUUUCUUUCGAUGACGCAAUUCAAGAUGAUGAAAUUGAUAUUACCGCUCGCAAUGCACGAGAGUCGCCACUCCUCCGACUACCCGGCGAACUGAGGGUACGUAUCUGGGAGAUCGCUUUUGGACGACGAACUAUUCAUCCUCGAGGCAAUGGGGAACAAAACUGGCAGAAUCGUCCCCGCUCAUCUCAAAAAUGGGCUAUCACCUCUUUCGACCCAUGCGAGGAACUUUUUUCAGAGGGCGAGGUAUACGAGAUGAGCUUGCAAGGCGAAGCAGACGCCGCACCCAACCAUUGGAAGCACCCGAAGAUGAAAACAUAUUGGCCACCCCUCAAGCGCCACAAUUUCGAGGGUCUCCACAUCUGCGCUAGAUGGCAACCCCGAGAUCUGGUGCGUGACGAGUGCCUCGUACCGAUCAUCAGCAAACAAAUAUACAAUGAGGCUAUUCCGGCGGCUUGGAAGUCCAUCACCUGGUCCUUCAUGCAUUCGGGCAACUUUGAACAUUUUCUGAAGUCUCCGCAUACCCGCUUGGAUCUCGUCACUCAACUGAGCAUCAUUCAGUAUAGCACGGGCGGCGGGGCAUAUCAAGAUUCGUGGACAAAAGCCAUGGCGUCCCGUGCUAUGUCGGGAUUGACUUCACUGCGGGGAUUGAACUUCAUCAUUCGCAAUCACACGUACCGUGACCCAAGCCAUUUCCACCCAGGCUGUGACACACGUCCGUCAACUGUCGACAUCAUCAACAACCCUCCUUAUUAUUGCCAGCAGCUUCCAUCCAUUAUACGCCGGUUCCAGCGCUUUCGUCUCGAGAAAAGCCGGACGACCGUGCUUGUGACAGGCAACUACUGGGAGCACCAAGCUGAUGAUAUGAAGACGCCGUUCCCGGUGUCCCAACGGCGGGAGAUGGCAGAAGCAGUGCGGACUCAACUUCUCCAGAGGAAAGAAGAGAAGGGGAAGACACAGCCAAAGUGGGCCAGGAAUACAGAAGGCACCCGUCGAUCUGCCCGUAUUCUUGCACAGAAGGGAACGAGCACUUGACGGGAGGAAUAUGCCUGACGUACACACAAAUGUUGAGACUGCGUAAUGCAUAAUUCCAUAUAGACUCCAACACACAGUAUUUACAGCCCUUAGGGCUCUUUGAAUUGCAUAGCUGAGGAAUGUCAAAGAGGUGAAUAGUGGAGAGCUUCCCCACGUCGACUGUGCCACCACCGCUGUGCCGCCAAGCAAAUUAC